AUGGAAGGGUCCUUAACUCCAGUAAACUUCAAAAUACUCCAUAGGUUGAUGUCCAUAGUAUUACCUAAUAUUAGGUAUUACCCCACGCCCUCUAAGAAACUGACACAACACCCUAUGGAUUGGGUGUGGAGUCUAUUCAUUCGGGCGCACAAAAAGGACCUCGAGUUCAGUGAUCUCUACCGCUGCCCAAAAUCAGAUGAGACACAUCGGGUCCGACAGAAAUUGGAAAUAGUAAAAAUCAAAUGGGAUAAACAAUUGAAAAGUAAAGGAAAGCCAUCAUUAUUAUGGGCACUAUUCACAUCGUACGGACCCGAACUUAUUGUCCUCUAUAUCCCCGAUGCAAUCAGGGAAUUGGGACUGAAUUUGUUUCAGCCGUAUUGUAUCGCAUAUUUGGUCAGAUAUUUCAACGAUGACCCCAACACUAGCCAGUGGUGGGCCACGUGGGCGGCCGUGGGUAUUGUGUUGGCCGCCAUUGCAAACAUGUUUAUCACACAUUUGAAUAGUACUUAUAACGGUAAAGUUGGGGUCAGAAUCCGUGCCGCCUGUUGUGCCCUAAUCUACCGCAAGUCAAUGCGUUUAAAUCAUUCAUCACUCGGACAGACAACUGUUGGCCAGAUAUUGAACAUUAUGUCCAACGAUGUCAACAGAUUUGACGAGUUUGCAUUUUUUUCGCGGUCACUAUUUGUAGCGCCACUGCAGGCGGCGAUUGUGUUAUACUUGUUGUGGCCAUCCCUUGGUGUGGCGUGUUUGACGGGAAUGGGAAUACUUGUGCUUCGAAUCCGUUUAAUGCAAGAGAUUAUCGCCGGAAUGCGUGUCAUAAAGAUGUACGCCUGGGAACAGCCCUUCGCACAGUUGGUCGCAACCGCUCGCAAGUACGAAGUGAAACAAAUCCGAUCGUCGAAUUUUUUGAAAGGGGUUAACCUUUCGAUUUAUUUUGUGAUAAUACGGGUUAUAAUAUACGCCUGUUUUCUAACAUAUAUACUGAUGGGUGGGAUGUUGUCGGCGGAGACAGCCUUUGCCACAAUGGCUUACUUUAAUGCGAUGCGUUGGGCAAUGGGUAAGAAUACACCCCUGGCUAUUGCUGCACUCAGUGAAUUAAUUAGUGUAAUUCAACGCAUACAGGAUUUCCUAUUACUUGAAGAGAUAGAUGUUUUGGACGAGACGUGCAUUUCUGAUAAGAAUGUGAUAAAAAUGGACAAUACUUUCAGUAAUGAAGAAAAAGGCGUUUUCAUCGAAAAAAUGAGCGUUCGUUGGAAUAAUGAGACGACUGAACCCACGCUUCGGGACAUUAGUCUGAGUGUAAAACCCGGACAACUGUUGGCUGUCGUCGGAUCCGUUGGCAGUGGAAAGAGCUCAUUAUUGAUGGCAAUACUGAAUGAAAUAUCUGUAGUGUCGGGUCGAGUGGUAGUGAGGGGUCGGGUGUCGUACGCGCCGCAGGAGUCGUGGGCUUUCAUAGCGAGUGUUCGACAGAAUAUUCUGUUUGGCUCUCAAUNGGCUUUCAUAGCGAGUGUUCGACAGAAUAUUCUGUUUGGCUCUCAAUAUAAUGAAGAGAAAUACAAUCGAGUGGUGAAGGCGUGCGCUUUGGACCGGGAUUUUAAACUCAUGCCGUUUGGCGACAAAACACUUGUCGGCGAAAAGGGGGUGUCGUUGAGCGGCGGACAGAAGGCCCGCAUAAGUCUGGCCCGGGCUCUGUACCACUCGGCAGACAUCUACCUCUUGGACGACCCCUUGAGUGCUGUCGACACACAUGUGGCCAAACAUCUCUUCCAGAAAUGUUGUGUUGAAUACCUAAAAGACAAGACUAGGGUUUUAGUGACCCAUCAAAUCCAGUUUCUCAAAGAUGCGCAUCAAAUACUUGUACUCAACGACGGCAAGUGUGUGGCCAUUGGGUCCUACACUCAGCUCAAAGAGCGCGGCAUUGAUCUCAUGUCAUAUCAGAAACAAACCGAUGGACCAAAUGCUAAGAGAGCUAUGAAGAGAAGCACUUCAUUCACACCAUCGAUGGUCUCAUCCCUUAGUGAGGGAUCGGAAGUGACGGACGUUAGGGAACCGAUAGAAGUGGACGAACAGGAAGUGAAGGCCGAACUCAAAAUGAUUGGAUCCGUUGAGUCCACUGUUUAUAAGGAUUACAUUAAGGCCGGCGCCGGACCUCUGCUCAUAACACUUACCAUUUUGUUUACAAUCUCUUCACAAAUUCUGACCCAAGGAAGCGAUUAUUGGUUGAGUUUAUGGUCAGUGACUAAUCAAAUGAGCAAAGACCCGGAUAACGUGGAUCAGACAUUUAACAUAAUAAUCUACACGAGUCUAAUCAUUGGUCUGUUUGUGUCGGCCCUGUUGUCCACCAUUUGUUUCUACAUAAUGUGUAUGAGAUCUUCGGUUAAUCUCUAUAACCGUAUAUUCUAUGCAUUAUUGCGAUCACCGAUACAUCUGUUCGAGAGUUCGCCCAUCGAAUACAUGUUUUAUUAUCGGAAGUCUAAUACUGAAUGCAAUCGUCAGUUGGUUUCUGAUAUUUCCGGCAAUACUUUUGUUGCUAUUAGUGUUUAUGUGCCGUUAUUUCUAUAUCAAAGCCGCGAGAGAUAUAAAGCGUAUGGAAGGGUUGUCCCGGAGUCCGGUGUACUCUCACGUGAACACAACGCUGUGUGGGCUGACAUCGAUGGUGUGAAUGAAGUGCUUCUCUUCAUAGCUCUCUUAGCAUUUGGUCCAUCGGUUUGUUUCUGA